CUUUUAACUGAUCUGUGAAACAUUAGUCUUCUAAUUGAAUUGGUUUUGAAAUUUUCACUCGGUAACAAUUUUAACUCCUUCAGUGUGCAGAUCCACGUGUUUACUGGACAAGAUAUAAACCAUGUCAGGAAACGGUACCGUAAAAGUCCAUCCAGACGACAAAGAAGUGGAAAUAGAAGAAGAUAGCGCAGUUAAACUAAAGAAAGAACUUCACCUACACAAUGGUGUUGCCAUUAUCGUGGGGGUUAUUGUGGGGAGCGGGAUUUUUAUUUCCCCGAAAGGCGUACUUAUGGAGUCUGGGAGUGUCGGGAUGUCCCUCAUUGUGUGGGUGCUCUGUGGGGUCAUCUCACUUAUAGGGGCUAUGUGUUAUGCUGAGUUAGGGACAAUGAUUCUAAAAUCUGGGGCUGACUAUGCUUACAUUAUGGAAUCUUUUGGUCACUUUCCAGCUUUCUUGUAUCUGUGGGUUGCUAUCAUGAUCAUCAUUCCUACGGGAAAUGCCAUCACAGCGCAGACUUUUGCAUAUUAUGUACUAGAACCUUUGUUCCCUGAUUGUGAGGCACCUGGAGAAGCAGUCAGUUUAUUAGCAGCUGUCUGUAUUACACUUUUAACAUUCGUAAAUGCCUGGAAUGUCAAAAUGGCAGCACGAGUGCAAGAUGUAUUCACUGUAACCAAAGUCCUUGCAUUAGUCAUUAUUAUCAUCGUUGGAAUGAUCUAUCUAGUCAUUGGUGACAGGGAGAGUUUUGAGGAACCAUUUGAAAGCUCGGAAACAGAAUUGGGAAGGAUUGCCCUGUCAUUUUACUCUGGACUCUUUUCUUAUGCAGGAUGGAAUUAUUUGAACUUUGUAACUGAAGAAUUGAAAAAUCCAUACAAAAAUCUACCUCGAGCCAUUGGUAUAUCAAUUCCAUUAGUGACCGUGAUUUAUGUGCUGGCCAAUGUAGCUUACUUUGCCGUCCUUACUCCUGCUGAAAUGAUUGCUUCUAAAGCCACUGCAGUGACUUUUGCUGGCAGGACUCUUGGUGUGAUGGCAUGGAUAAUGCCCCUAUUUGUGGCUUGUUCUACCUUUGGCAGUGUAAAUGGGGCCAUAUUUACUUCAUCAAGAUUGUAUUUUGUGGGAGCCAGACAGGGGCACCUGCCAGAAUUUCUAGCAACUUUGAAUAUCAACUUGUACACACCACUUCCGUCCCUCUUGUUUGGGUGCCUAAUGUCCCUGGUGAUGUUGUGUAGCCGUGAUGUUCAGGUCCUGAUUAACUAUGCUGCCUUUGUGGAGACACUGUUUAUUACAAUCAGUAUCGCCGGCCUUAUCUACAUGAGGUACAAAUUCCCUGAAAGGAAUCGACCCAUCAAGGUGAAUAUUCUGCUGCCCAUCUUUUUCAUCUUCAUCUGUAUAUUCCUCCUCUUCAUGCCUCUAACGAUCGAUGCUAAUGAAGUAUUAUGGGGUAUCAUCAUGGUGUUGACUGGGGUCCCUGUGUAUCUGCUAGGCAUCACAUGGAAAAAUAAACCCAGGGCCUUCACUGGAUUUAUUGAUUCAUUCACAGUGUUAUCCCAGAAGGUGCUAAUGACAGUCCGUACAGACAUGAAAGAGGAUUGAGAUUAAUCUGAGGUUUAGGGAUGUUAAAUAAGACUGAGUGAGAGAGUGAUUUCUGGGGUGGUGGAACCCCCUUCUGUUUCUGUCUCUAUAAAUGUUCUGCUUUUUAUGCAUCUGUUAUUUGUUGCCGGUAUUCAGUUCAUUUUUACAGAAGUUCCACAGGGUGGAUAUGUUGGCUCUGUACAUAAAUCUGCUUCUUAAUAAACCAAUGUAUACAAGUAUGUGUCACAAUGACAUCAUUCCACGCCCACAUAGGCUAUUUAUUGUAUUUAUUCCCUGGGAUAUGUUCUCAAACUUUGGGGUGUGACAAAAAGUAUUUUUAUUGAUUGUUCAUAUCAAAAUGUGGGCUGCCUUUUGUGUUCUUUUAAACUUUUUGCCUUUCUCAGAUAUUGUUUUCAAGAUUGUGUGGAUCUGAGAAAAAAAGUUAUUCUACUCUAUAUAAGCCUUUAUUACUGUAGAACAAGUUUUAAAAUGUUGUUGGGUUAGUUUUUACAGACUUUUUAAAUGUGUUCAUUUAUGAAUUUAACUGGUUUGCAUUUUAUGCAAGUUAAGUUAGAGGAUUUAAUGACUGAAGCUGAAACUUUUCUUUGAUAUCCAUGAACAAGACAAAGUAUUGAGAUAGACUUUUUUGUUUAUCUCUAUUACCUCAGUGAAAGUUUUUACCAAGCACUGGUAUUUUCACAUACCAUGAUGAGGAUUCAAUUUUAAAUGUUGAUUACUUGUUGCCUUUCAGAAAGUCAGUGUUUGUGUAACUGUAACAGUUGUUUCAGCAAUUAUUUUUCGUCGUUUUGCAAAGUUGAUCAUCUUAUUUUGUAUACUUUUAUUUGAUAUUGACCUAAUGAUAUUUGAAUGAAAUAUGAAGAACAAAUAGUACAUCAUCAUUCAAAUUUGAUAUUAAUCAGGACGUGUUAUAUCAUUAAUAUACAAUAUCACUGCCAUGAAUGGAUUAUGUCAGAAGUAUAAAUCUCAGUACAUGUAGGUAACUGUUGUCGUGGAUUUUUAAUUUUAAAAUUAUAUAUUUAUACAUGUGUAUGAUGCUUGAAAAGAUGCAUGUGUGUGCACUUGUGUUGUAUGAAAGAAAAGGUGUGUGUGCUUGUGUUGUACAUCAGAAAAGAGGACUGCACAUUAAGAUGUGGAUUGUUAUGCUCACAGGUGUAAUUUUUUUCCAGUUGAUCUGUACCAUCUACUAGGGUUGUCUCAAAAUUUCGUAGAUCUUUUACUAAGCUUAAUGUAUCUUUACUACAAAAUUUCCUUGGUGAAAAAAGUGGGUUUUGGUUGUUAAAUUAUAAAAUUUUAACAUGAUUACUUAAAAGCAAUUCAGGUAAUAAGAAUUGUUGUAUUUUCAUUCCCUAACAUCUGGAGAAAUCUCUGACAUCAAAAAAAGAUAAAUGUCACUGGUUAAGACUUUCUUUUGGAAUCAAAGUCCUUAAUUCAUCAUAAAGAUUCUAGAUAAAAAUGUCAAUCUCUUAAUUAUUUGCUAUGAUUUACAGGCAUUACAGCAUAUACAACAAAUUUUAAGGAAAGAUAGUUCACAAUGCAAUAUUUAGAAUUUCUAUUUCUUUCCAAAAUCUUGAGUGGUAAAUACUUUUUUAUUCAAUUUUAAAUAUUGUAUACUGAUUUUUAAUUCCAAUUUUAGGGUACUUUGCUCCCUUCUUGCAUGUGCACCAGACAAUGAAACAUUUUAUUUUAGUACAAUUUUCUUUUCUGCCUGAACUUUCAGUAAGGCGUGACAUUCUCAACUAUACAUAAUUAGUGUCUCUCAAAUAGUGACCUAGAUUCUCAUUGGUUGCCAGAUUAGCUUAUCUAUACUGAAAUUUACACAGGUUUUCAUUCACAGGUGAAAAAAUGGGUCAGAUGUCAACAAGUGACGCAAGGAACCAAUUACAUCGUUUCUUGCAGUAAAGAGGUGUGUCUUAUGUCAUCUCAUCGUUUGUUAACAACACUCUAAAGUUGCUAAUGUUAUUAAUUUCUUAACCAAUGAGAAUCUAGGUCACCAUUUGAGAGGCGCUAAUUAUGUAUCACCGAGAAUGUCACACCUCACUGAAAGUUCAAGCAGAAAAGAGAAUUGUACUAAAUAGAGUUCAUCCAUUUAAUUACUCAAAAGUUAGUCCAUAAAUUUACUACUAGGUAUUGUUGAUUUUAUAUAAGUACCAAGUUUCAUCAAAUUAUGACACCAGAUUCCUACAAAAUUAUGUUUGUCAAUGGAAUUUUGGGACAAUUUUAACUCUCAUACAUGGUCAUUGAUUGUUGGGCAUUUAUUUUUAUAUGAGCUUCUGUGUUUGAAGUUGACCCACAUUUAUCUGUAGACAAUCUCUACUGGAGACAAUUUCAGCAUAGUAGUAGUAGGAUCAAACAUUUAUUUCAAUAAUUAUAAGGCAGAGUUCUAUUGUAGUAUUUUAAUUCUUUUAAUUUUUCUGCAGUCUAUGCACUCUUUGUUUCAAAUUUCAAAAUAAAAUAUGAUUCAAAGUAAUGAAAUAUUUGAUUUGGUACAGCUCUUUUUCCAUUGGUAUGAUUUGUAAUAAUGAAAUUUUACCAAAUUUCAUGUUAAAAUAUUUAGACAGAAAAA